AUGAUGGAGGAGGAAGAAUUUGAAUUAGCUGAAGAUUUAGAAGCUAUUUUGCACCUUACUCCUGAAGUGCAGCUCGCUAUAGAGCAGGUUUUUCCCAGUCAGGACCCACUGGACAGAGCUGACUUCAAUGCAGUGGAAUACAUCAAUACCCUGUUCCCCACGGAGCAGUCUUUAGCUAAUAUUGACGAUGUCGUCAGCAAGAUACGCCUCAAAAUUAGGCGCUUGGAUGACAAUAUCCGGACUGUGGUGAGAGGACAGACCAAUGUCGGCCAGGAUGGUAGACAGGCACUGGAGGAGGCACAGAUAGCCAUUCAACAACUUUUUGGCAAAAUCAAAGAUAUCAAAGACAAGGCGGAGAAGUCUGAACAAAUGGUCAAAGAGAUAACACGGGACAUCAAACAGCUGGACCAUGCCAAACGGCACCUCACCACAUCCAUCACCACGCUCAAUCACCUGCACAUGUUGGCAGGGGGUGUGGACUCCCUAGAAGCAAUGACAAGAAAGCGGCAAUAUGGAGAAGUGGCCAAUCUGCUACAGGGAGUUGUAAAUGUGCUUGAACAUUUUCAAAAAUACAUGGGGAUUCCACAGAUUAGGCAGCUAUCAGAAAGAGUAAAAGCGGCACAGAGUGAACUAGGUACACAGAUUCUGGCCGAUUUUGAGGAAGCCUUCCCUUCCCAGGGCUCCAAGAGACCGGGAGGACCCAGUAAUGUUCUUCGGGAUGCCUGUCUGGUGGCUAAUGUUUUAGACCCACGCAUAAAACAGGAAAUCAUUAAGAAGUUCAUCCGACAGCACCUUUCUGAGUACCUUGUUCUUUUCCAAGAAAAUCAAGAUGUUGCUUGGCUGGACAAAAUUGAUCGACGUUAUGCUUGGAUCAAACGGCAGCUUGUAGACUAUGAGGAGAAGUAUGGGCGUAUGUUUCCUGAGGAGUGGUGUAUGACUGAACGUAUAUCUGUAGAGUUUUGCCACAUUACAAGAGUGGAACUGGCAAAAGUUAUGAGAACACGAGCAAAGGAGAUUGAAGUAAAGCUGCUGCUUUUCGCCAUUCAGAGGACUACAAACUUUGAGGGUCUGCUUGCUAAACGUUUUACUGGAUGCACAUUGACAGAUGCAACACCUGGGAAGAAGAAACCAGAAAGUCCUCUUGAGCCCACUAACCCUUUCCUGGAGGAUGAGGCUGGUGACUAUGGUGGAGAAAAGGAUGAUCUUUCUCGGCCUAGGAAGCCUAAAGCACCAGAAAAUCCUUUUCAUGGCAUUGUGUCCAAGUGCUUUGAACCUCACCUGUAUGUCUACAUAGAGUCUCAGGACAAGAAUCUUGGUGAACUUAUUGACCGUUUUGUAGCAGACUUCCGAGCACAGGGCCCACCCAAAGCGGGGACAGAGGAAGGUGGAGCAGUGCUGCCCAGCUGCGCUGACCUCUUUGUCUACUACAAGAAGUGCAUGGUUCAGUGCUCCCAGCUCAGCACAGGAGAGCCAAUGAUUGCCUUAACAACCAUCUUUCAAAAAUAUCUAAGGGAAUAUGCUUGGAAAAUAUUGUCAGGCAACCUGCCUAAGUCCAAUAGCAACAGUGGGGGUCUAACAAUCACCAGUCUGUUGAAAGAAAAGGAGGGGUCUGAAACUGCUAAAUUCACUGUGGAGGAGCUUUGUCUCAUCUGUAGCAUCCUCAGUACUGCAGAGUACUGCUUGGCCACAACACAACAGCUUGAAGAGAAACUCAAGGAAAAGGUGGACAAGCCUCUAGUGGAGAGGAUUAACUUGACCGGGGAAAUGGACACAUUCAGCACUGUCAUCUCAAACAGUAUUCAACUACUCGUGCAAGAUCUGGAUAGUGCCUGUGACCCUGCGCUCUCUGCCAUGAGCAAAAUGCCAUGGCAAAGUGUGGAGCAUGUUGGAGACCAGAGUCCUUAUGUGACGUCCAUUAUCAUGCACAUUAAACAGAAUGUGCCAAUCAUCAGAGACAACCUCGCAUCAACACGCAAAUACUUUACUCAAUUCUGCAUUAAAUUUACCAACUCUUUCAUUCCCAAAUUCAUCAACCACCUCUUCAGAUGUAAGCCUAUCAGCAUGGUCGGAGCUGAACAGCUCCUCCUGGACACUCAUUCGUUGAAGACUGUGCUGCUGGACUUGCCCUCCAUAGGUUCCCAGGUGCUCCGUAAGGCUCCGGCCAGCUACACAAAGAUCGUAGUGAAAGGAAUGACGAGAGCUGAGAUGAUCCUGAAGGUGGUGAUGGCGCCACAUGAACCUCCAGUGGUGUUUGUGGAUAACUACAUUAAACUGUUAGCUGAUGGCAACCCAGAAACAUUCCAGAAGAUCUUGGACAUGAAGGGUUUGAAGCGCAGUGAACAGAGCAGUAUGCUGGAGCUGUUCAGACAGAGACUGCCCACGCCUCCUUCAGGGGCGGACACAGGGCCCUCACUGUCCUUCAGCGCCCCCACCCCAGAGCAGGAGUCUUCUCGCAUCCGCAGACUGGAGAAACUCAUCAAGAAAAGACUGUGA